AUGUCGCUUUUUUUCAAGCCAGUAAUUUCACCACAGUGGUCUUUCCCCGUGCUUCUCAAGAUAGGAGUGCGUUCUUAUGCGGGAGGCCCAAGAACAAAGCAUAAAGGAAACUCUCCAUUAGCUUCAGUGCCUACAGGCAGUAGUAAUAAAAACCGAAAACAGAAGGCCAAAGGCAAAAAAGGUAACAAAAAGAAUGACCCUGACCAAGCAUUCAACUUUGGAGAGUAUGGUGGAUUGAAAAAAGACGUCGAGAUGAAUAUGGACAGUACGAAUAAACUCAUUCAAAAAAUAUCGAAUUUCGACCAAUUGCUUAUACUUCCACCUGUCAGAGACGCUGUGAAAGAAAUCAUUUCCAAAGAGUCCCUGAAGCUACAAGAUAGUAGGAAAAAAACCAGUGAAAAUAUAAUACCGAGUCCCAUUCAAACAGUGGCCAUUAAGAGAAUAUCCAAAAAUUUAAUGGAUCCAAAGUUACAAAUACAUGCGAUUGCCGCUGAGACAGGUUCAGGUAAGACCAUGGCCUACUUGAUACCUUUAAUAGACUAUUUGAAAAGACAGGAGUUGGAAACUCCCGAAUUAUGGGAAACAUUAAGAAAAAACGUUCUGAUUCGGUCCAUCAUACUGGUGCCUACGCAUGAAUUGGUUGACCAAGUAUACGAAACUGUUUCCAAGACGAAAACCUUGUUAGGCUUAAACUCUUUCAAGUGGGACAAGGCCACAUCAUAUCGUGAUUUAUUAGAGAACAUUAAAAAUAGAAUAGAUAUUUUAGUCACUACUCCGGGAAAACUACUGAACCUGUUCUCCAUAAGAAUGAUAACUAGACCUGAUAAAGUCUUGUCCAAAGUGGGUUUCGUAGUACUAGAUGAAGCUGACACACUUCUAGAUAGGUCAUGGCUUGAAGAAACGCACUCCGCAAUAAAGAGAAUUCCUAACAUUAAUCACCUUAUUUUCUGUUCCGCUACUAUUCCUCAAGAGUUUAAUAAAACAAUGCAAAGACUAUUUCCUACAGUGGUUCCUAUAAUGACACCCAGACUGCAUAAGUUACCAUUCGCUUUGGACUUUAAAGUUAUAAAUUCUGCCUUAAGUCCUUUCAAGGGAUCCAAGAUCAAAGCAUUGGCACAAACUUUAUAUGCUAUUUCAAAUGAUGACACGGAACCAGGGUUCGAGAAAAGAUGCAUUAUCUUUGUUAACGAAAAAAAGAAUGUUCCUGAAAUUGUUAACCUAUUGAAUAAGAAAUUCGGUCAUAAUGCCAUCGGUUUAACUGGUGAAGAUACAUUUGAAGAAAGAUCCGAGAAAAUUAUGCCCUUUUUAUCACCACCGCGACCACUUUCGGAGGUGGUUGCUCAGAGUACUUCACCUCCCACUUCCUUGAAGAAAUUUGAAAUUCCUGAUUCCAACAUCGUCAUCGGCAAAUUGAAAAACACAAAUUCUAAUGGUACCGCACCCAGUAACAAGUCUUUGCAUGUACUCGUAACCACCGACCUCAUGGCAAGAGGGCUCAAUUUCAAAGGUGUACGGAAUGUUGUUCUCUACGAUGUACCCAAAACGUCAAUAGACCUGAUACACCGAGUGGGCAGAACUGCUAGAAUGAAACAGGGCGGCCGCGUAUUUAUGCUAACUGACAGUAAAACAAAAUCUUGGGCUAAAGCUCUUCCAAAGAUCAUCAAAAAGCACCAGAGAUUAUCAUGA